GCAUCUUAGAUUCUUCAAGUCAAAGGGUGUCUCACAUCGAUUUCCACAUGGUUACCGGCCCAUCAGCGGGAUCCGUCAGCCCUGCCAAUAACAUUCCUCGUCAGGAUUUGACAUCCUGGGCACAACAAUCGAACCCAGGUGCAAGCCCAUCUAUGACGAACCCUCAGCGACACCGAAUUAAACCUAGGAUCAGUUAUCCUUCGGGACCUACUCAUGCUGGACCCAAUUACUUGGGAACGAUCUCUCCAUUUACAUUCGACGCUGCUUUGACCACGAUUGCGAUCGCAGCUUUUUUAUCGUUUGGUUUGAGAAUUAUACAAACCUUCGUCCCCGGGAGGAGGAAAAGAAGCGUCAAUAAUGAUGACAUUGGGGUUCAGAGCGAUUUUCUGGACAAUAAUGUGGACUUGCUAACUGAACAAGUUUUGCCACACUUGGAGAAGAAUUGGAAUGAUUUGCCUCCGUAUGCGCCAGAAAUUACUUAUUUAGGGUUUGAGAUGUUGUGGAACUUUUGGAAGGAACAUUUUCUGGGCUGGAAUGUGAAUUUGAAACGCAUAUGCCGGACUUACAAAGAUCUUUUGCCUGGAAGUAGAAACAAUUACCGACAAGCAAGCUUUGCCUGGUCUUUGGUUGAAAAAGUUGGUGCGACCUGGAUCAAGCCUUUCAUCAAUGCGGUGGAUGUCGGGCUGAACUCAAGGGAAUGUCACAAUCUGGCGCAAUUGACGCAUGUUCGGCGAAGAAAGCGUGGGGCUUAUGUCGUUACAAUGGAGAAAGAUUUGGAGAUCUGUUGCGCACCGCAGUUUGCGCCAUUGGUGACGAAUCCAGAGAUCGGUGAUGUUUCAAAGUUGGAAGAAGAUCUGCGACGUAAUGCCGAACUCUUUGCGGAAGGCAUCACGCAGCAUUACUCGAGAUAUAUUGCAGACUCCAGUCAACGACUGGAAGAAUUAAGGCGAAGUCAAGAAGUCAUUUCGGAAAAUCUUCGUUUGGAAAAUGAGCGCAUUGAAGUUGCAAUGAACAGCGACGAACUGCAGAAACUGUUUGAGAAGACCCGGAAAUACACGGAGAAGCUUGUGAAGAUCAAGCGUGAUAUGGUCUCUCUGCAAGAAAGGGCGGCCAAACUGAAGAAGCGUGCACUGACGCUUCAACUUCGGAAACAGAAGGAAGCUUACAAGCGAGAUCAACAGCGUCGAAUGGAGGCCGAAAAGGAGAAAGCGUUGAUCGCCAAGAUGUCGAAAUCUACUGACAGACGUUGAACCGUUUCUUCGUUGACUAUACAGCUACUUUUACUGGCUGUUAUAACAAUUUAUGAUUCUGGUCAACAUCUGCAAUCAUUUUAAUUUUUACCCGCAGUGCCAAGAUUAAUUACGGUGCAUGUGAUAAUAUUCGUUCAGUUUGUAUGGGGAUCCAUGUCGGAAUUAAAAAAAAGUGGUUAACGUUUAAUUUCAA